CUUCCCCCGACCUUUCCUCUUCCUCCUUUUCGUUAGUCAUCCUCACAAGAAAGCCGUCAUCAUGAACUCGCUCAAGCUCUCCGUACUUCUGCCUCUUCUCGCCGGCUCGGCUGAGGCGGCCGUGGCUCAUCCCCUCGUGAGCCGUCAGGGCCACAGCCACGCCGCCAACCGCUGGGACAUGCCUGUGGACUACACUCCCUUCGGCAACCUUGCUACCGUCGAGCUUGGUGUUCCCGGCCAGGAGGUCACCGUCUUCCUCGACUGGACCUGGGCCAACAACUUCAUCCAGACCCCUCGCUGCUAUGGCACGUGGGACCGCAGCCUCUGCAUGUCGGACAUGAUGGCCGUCUACGACCCGCGCAACUCCAGCACGUUCGUCAACGUGACGGAUGUGUACCCCCGCCAGCAGUGGUUCCCCAACCACUUCUUCUUCACCGAGCCGUCGACCAUUGACCAUGGCAUCGACUCGGUGCAGAUCGGCCCCGUCCGCUCGCCCGUCAUCAACCAGUUCUCCGACACCAUGUUCGACAUGAGCCAGUUCUUCCUCCCCUUCACCGUCGUCUUCGGCAUGUCGCCCACGCUGCCGGGCCAGGACGAGUCGUACGACGCCACGUUCUACCAGCAGUACAAGCAGGGUCUCUGGAAGCAGCCCUACGUCGGCUACGUCUGGUGCUACGACGAGGACAAGAUCGGUGCCUGCGGCGGCAACGACGCCAUCCAGUCCUGGGGCGGCUACCGCAAGGACCUCGUCAAGGGCCGGGUCUACUGGUACGACAACGUCGUGUUCCCCGACAUCAACGACAUCAGCUACGUCUACGACCCCCCCUUCCUGAACUACUGGGGCACCCCGCUCCAGGACCUCUGGAUCGGCGACGAGCUCCAGCCCACGGUGGCCACCUCGGAGCGGUCCGGCAAGGGCGCCAUCUUCAACCACGCCACCUUCGGCCGCGGCAUCCCGCUGACGCAGAACGCCUACAACAAGCUCGUCCAGAUCGUCGCCGGCGAGGAGCUCAACCUCGAGAACCCCACCGUCGUCAACAACGGCGAGCAGCAGCUCUACUCGGUCAGCUGCGAGAACAUCGACUCGUACCCCACCGUCAAGUACCAGUUCGUCGGCCACCGCAAGGUCUGGGAGGUCCCGGCCAAGCACUACAUCGACCAGCUCGAGGACGGCACCUGCGUCCUGAACGCUCGCGCCACUGCUGAGGGUGACCAGUUCCUUGGCUCCUUCGGUGAUCAGUUCCUCAAGGACAAACAGAUCGUCUUUGACUUUGCCAAGCUCAAGAUCGGUCUUGCUGAGAUCAAGUGGCCCCAGUGCUAAGCACUAGGCGACUAUCGACAGACAUGAGCCGUCUUUUCACCUGAAAGAACUUUUUCUCUCCCUUUUUUUCGGUUUUAUUUUAUUCCACCAUGGACGAUGAGCGUGCCCCCGCCGGAGUUCCUUCCCGACUUAGAUAUGGGGCAAGGGCUCUCGGGGAUGCAUGGGCACGCAGCGGGCGUAAAGCGAAACAGUACAUAUGAUAGAUCGGUCGGUUUCUUUCCUCUUUGU